GCCGUGGGCAUCGGUUGCUUCGUUUGCAGUUCGUUCGAUGGAAACAACAGGGCCUGUGAAGACCCAUUCAACAGCACGCUGGAGGCCUCUUCCAAAUUCCUAUUACCGAAGGGCGUAUUCAAACAAGCGACAAUCUUUGAUGGUAGUCUUGUACAGGGUGUACUCACAAAAAGAACUCAGAUUUACCGCUACAAAACUCACAGCAAGCCUUCUCUAACGAAUUUGCAGCAACGUGAAGCGGCCUCGAUCACAAACUACCACCAUCCAUGCUGGGCCUUCAAAAAAGGUCGUCAAGGUCUCUUUCCAGCUGAUCACUGUAUCAAAAUUAUUGGACACCGAGCUGAAAACACUACGAAGACGAUGAUAAUCCGAACGUGCGCUCUCGAUUCCGGGACGCUCACAGCUGACACAGAAAUCGUUCGGAUCAGCCAUUGUGGUCAUUUCAAAUUCGAGGGCUACCACUACACCGGUUGCGUGCAGGCGUGCGAUUCGGACGGCUGCAACUCGUCUCACGUGCGCUUCAGUACCGCCUGUCUGAGCACUGCCGUCGUUGCGUGGCUGAUAACGAAUCUGCUACGACCG